CCCGCCCCUCGCUUCCACCCAGCCCCUCGGCCGCAUGGACUGUCCCGCAGCCCACUGAUGUCGCCGGCGGCGAGGUGGAUCGGACCGCAGCGCUCAGAGAGAGCUCUAAUGGUACCUAGUGACGGAUCCUUCUUGUGAGAGUCGGACGUCAGAACUCCAGAGAAGAUGUCGGCAAUCCAGGCCGUCUGGCCAUCCGGUACAGAAUGUAUUGCCAAGUACAACUUCCACGGCACAGCCGAGCAAGACCUGCCCUUCAGCAAAGGGGAUGUGCUCACCAUAGUUGCUGUCACCAAGGACCCCAACUGGUACAAAGCCAAAAACAAGGUUGGCCGGGAAGGCAUCAUCCCAGCAAACUAUGUGCAGAAGCGGGAAGGAGUGAAAGCUGGCACCAAGCUGAGCCUCAUGCCGUGGUUCCAUGGGAAGAUCACUCGGGAGCAGGCAGAGAGGCUGUUGUACCCCCCAGAGACAGGCCUCUUCCUGGUCCGAGAGAGCACCAAUUACCCGGGGGACUACACGCUGUGCGUGAGCUGUGAGGGCAAGGUGGAACACUACCGAAUCAUCUAUUCUGCCAGCAAGCUCAGCAUCGACGAGGAGGUCUACUUUGAGAAUCUCAUGCAGCUGGUAGAGCACUACACCAGCGAUGCCGAUGGGCUCUGCACCCGCCUCAUCAAACCAAAGGUCAUGGAGGGGACUGUCGCAGCCCAAGAUGAGUUCUCCCGAAGUGGUUGGGCUCUCAACAUGAAAGACCUUAAGCUGCUUCAAACCAUUGGCAAGGGCGAGUUUGGGGAUGUGAUGCUUGGGGACUACCGGGGUAACAAAGUUGCCGUUAAGUGCAUUAAGAAUGACGCCACCGCUCAGGCCUUCUUGGCAGAAGCCUCGGUCAUGACGCAACUCCGGCAUAGCAACCUGGUGCAGCUCCUGGGCGUGAUUGUGGAGGAGAAGGGGGGCCUCUAUAUUGUCACGGAAUACAUGGCCAAGGGCAGCCUGGUGGAUUAUCUUCGAUCCAGGGGCAGGUCGGUGCUGGGUGGAGAUUGCCUCCUCAAAUUCUCCCUAGAUGUCUGUGAGGCGAUGGAAUACCUGGAGGCCAACAACUUUGUGCACCGGGACUUAGCUGCCCGGAACGUGUUGGUGUCUGAAGACAACAUCGCCAAAGUCAGCGAUUUCGGCCUCACCAAAGAGGCCUCCUGCACCCAGGACACUGGGAAACUGCCCGUCAAGUGGACCGCCCCCGAAGCCCUGAGAGAAAAGAAAUUCUCCACCAAGUCCGAUGUGUGGAGUUUCGGGAUACUCCUCUGGGAAAUCUACUCCUUCGGCCGAGUGCCUUAUCCGAGAAUCCCUCUGAAGGACGUGGUCCCGAGAGUAGAGAAAGGCUACAAAAUGGACGCCCCCGAUGGCUGCCCAGCCGCCGUCUAUGAGGUCAUGAGGAAUUGCUGGCACCUGGAUGCUGCCACCCGGCCCACCUUCCUGCAGCUUAGGGAACAGCUAGAGCGUAUCAAAGCCCACGAGCUGCACCUGUGAAUGCCAGGUGGGGGGCACCCCAUGGGCGCCCUUGCCAGCCUCUUCAAUCACCCCCCACCCUCAACACAAAGACUGAGGUGCUGUUGAGAACUGGACCAGCUCGGACUGAAGCCUACUCCUGGCAAAGACUACGUACAUCCUUUUGGCCGCCCCUUGUGCCAGGACAGGCCGGGGGGGGGGCUAUGACUCAAUCCUGGGGGGCGGGGAGCAGCCAUCAGGUCCUCCCACCCUGGCCUGGCUCCUCCCCUCUCCCCACUCUGCCCUCCCAGUCCCCUCCACUAGCCUCUGGCCACCUCUUUCCAUCCCAGGAAGCCCAUCUUGGCCUGUCCCUCCCUCACAGGUCAGCCGAGCGGGGACCAAAGGGGUUUGGGGGACUGCACUGAAAUGGGAGGAAGGGGCAGACUCUCCCUUGUCUCCCCCUGUCCUCCUGGCUCCUGCCUCUCUCAUUUUCUUCUUUCUUACUCUUUUUUUAUGAUUUUUUUCCUGUUUUUUUUUUAAUUUUCAAGUUGAGGAGAAAAAAAAAUACCCAACAUUGGGCAUUUUACAAGAAGUACGAAUCUCAUUCUUAAUGUAUUAAGGGCAGAGGGGGAAGGGAACAGAAAGAAAAGAAACGCCCUCUCCCCCCAAGCUCUCUCCCGUGGACCCUCUGAAGCAGCCCAUGCCCGUCCCCCGCCCAUCUCCUAGCCUCGGGCCUGGUGUUUGCGCUUGACCCUGUCUCAAUGUUGCAUGCCGAUCCCAGAGGCCUUUGCGUUUCUGUCCGGUGCUUUAAUCUCCUGUAUUGCUGCCCACCCUGUGAGAUGAAACUGUAAUAAACCAUUCCAUGAGGACACCCAACA